ACGCGUUUCGAUGCUUUUUGUUUUUGUCAACGAUAAACAUAAACAUCUAAAGUCACUUUCAGCAAAAGUAUCUUAUCGCCUCGAGUCAUGUAUUUAUGCGUCAAGACGUUCUGCGCGUAGUUUGGUCAAAGUGGGCCAAUCACAGUCGUUUGUGCUGGUCGUUUGUCCAAUGGGCAGAGAGAGCGAUGCGCGGCCGGACAAUCAGGAAGUAAAAUGUCAGAUGGAGCAUCUGUCGGCGGCGCACACGCGCUUUUCUCUCAGUCUCUUCCAGAAGAUCUCUGAAGGGAACGCGUCCGCGAAUGUCUUCUAUUCUCCUCUCAGCAUCUCCGCGGCUCUCUCGAUGCUGUCGCUCGGAGCCGGAGGAAACACGGCAUCUCAGAUGUCCCGGACCUUGCAUUUUCCUGAAGCAGAGGGUGAAAUCCAUGCUGGAUUCACUAAACUCCUGAGCGAGAUCAACCGAGCUGGAGCUCCGUACGCGCUGAGUCUGGCCAGCCGCCUCUAUGGAGAGCAGUCGUACUCGUUCAUCGAGAAAUUUCUCAGUGACACAAAAACACUGUAUGAGGCUGAACUGGAGACUGUGGACUUCAUCAGUAAUGCAGACGCGGCUCGUCUCAACAUCAACACCUGGGUGGAGAAACAGACACAAGAGAAGAUCAAGGAUCUGCUGGCCGAGGGCGACGUGGAUUCGCUGACCAGACUGGUGCUGGUGAACGCCAUCUACUUUAAGGGCAGCUGGGAGCGGAAGUUCACCGAGGAACACACCAGAGAGCAGCAGUUCAAGAUCAACAAGAAUGAAUCGAAGCCAGUGCAGAUGAUGUUUCAGAAGGCCAAGUUUCCUCUGGUCUUCAUUCCUGAUAUGAACUGUCAGAUUCUGGAGCUGCCGUAUGCUGGGAAAGACCUCAGUAUGCUGAUCAUGCUUCCCAACGCCAUGGAGGACGACACCACCGGCCUGCAGAAGCUGGAGAGCGCGCUGACCUACGAGAACUUUGUGGAGUGGACCCGACCUGACAUGAUGGAUCUUCUGGAAGUGGAAGUGUCUCUGCCCAGAUUCAGAAUGGAGGAAACUUAUGACAUGAAGGCUCUCCUGGUUGGCCUGGGAAUGGUGGAUGCGUUUGACUCGCAGAGAGCCGAUUUCUCCGGCCUGUCCCCGAACAACGAUCUGGUGCUGUCUAAGGUGGUGCAUAAGUCCUUUGUUGAAGUGAACGAGGAGGGGACGGAGGCCGCUGCAGCCACCGGCGCCAUCAUGAUGAUGCGCUGCCUGAUGCGUCCAGAGCGCUUUCACGCCGAUCACCCGUUCCUCUUCUUCAUACGCCACAAUCCCUCCAAGAGCGUUCUGUUCUACGGACGCGUCUGCUCUCCUUGAGCUCCCGGCGCUCCACCACACGGCCGUGCAGGUUUCUGACGGGUUUGAGCCGUUUUUGAGUCAUAAUACCAGUGAAAUUUAGAUCGGUGCGCUUUCGACGGUUUCAGUUGAAAGUCCAUUUUGACCUGCGCUUUACUGCCUUUAUUCCUGAGUGCCUGUGUUGUUUCCUCAAUUGAAUCAUCUGGAGUCAAAUCCAGAGCGUUUAUGCAUUUACUGUACAGGUGCAUGCAGCAUUAUGAAUAAACAACUUGCAACUGUUCAAAAAUAAAAUGAAACCUGUCUUCAGCU